AUGAUCACGGGUGACGCCGAGACCACUGCUAUGGCAAUUGGCCGACAGCUCGGCAUGCCGAUCGCGAAGCCGAUCGAACAUGCUUCUAGUCAAGCAUCUGUGCGGCCUGUUCUGAGGGGUGAGGACGUCGAGGCCAUGUCUGAGCAGGAGCUUUCACACGCCAUUCAACAUACUACGAUCUUUGCUCGCACGAACCCAGACCAUAAACUAAAGAUCAUUCGCGCUUUUCAGGCCAGAGGCGAUAUUGUCGCCAUGACUGGAGACGGCGUCAAUGACGCCCCCGCGCUGAAGAGAGCAGACAUUGGCAUUUCCAUGGGGUUGCAUGGAACCGAUGUUGCGAAGGAGGCGGCGGACAUGAUUCUUACAGACGACGACUUCUCAACCAUCCUUCGAGCAAUCGAGGAGGGCAAAGGAAUCUUCAACAAUAUCCAGAACUUCCUGACGUUCCAACUGAGCACCAGUGCUGCUGGUCUGUCUCUUGUCUUAUUCUGCACAAUCCUCGGCUUCAAAUCGCCCCUUAAUGCGAUGCAGAUUCUCUGGAUCAAUAUCAUUAUGGAUGGUCCGCCUGCGCAGUCGCUCGGCGUCGAGGCUGUUGACGCCGAUGUCAUGAACCGCCCUCCUCGCAAGCGUAAUGACGCGGUGCUCACAAGGAAGCUCCUUUACCGAGUCUUGACAUCGGCAUCAAUCAUCAUGAUGGGCACCAUGCUCGUCUACAGACGUGAGAUGCUUGCUGAUGGUGAGGUUAACCGCCGCGACACAACCAUGACUUUCACUUGCUUUGUACUAUUCGACAUGUUUAAUGCCUUGGCCUGCCGAUCUGAAUCAAAGUCGGUAUUGCGAGGCGAAGUCGGACUUUUCUCAAAUACCCUCUUCAACUGGGCGGUCUCGCUCAGUAUCGCGGGCCAAUUGCUCGUUAUAUACUUCCCCUGGCUACAGGAGGUCUUCCAAACAGAGGCCUUGGGCUUCUUCGAUCUUGUCGGCCUGUUGGCUCUUUGCAGCACGGUGUUUUGGGCGGAUGAGUUUAGAAAGUACUGGAACUACUCAAGACGGCGCAUGGGCGGUGGUUACAGUCAGGCAGUGUAG